UUUUUGAAAACUUCCACGCGCGAGCAGAGGGACAGAGAGGAGGUAAAAGGGGAGCAGAGAGGCGUGAGGAGCGACAGCGAGAAGACAGAACGUUGCUGACGUUUGUAGUCCAGCAAUGCGGGACGGAAAUCCUAGACGGCGUGCCGCUCGAACAAAGGUGCAAACGGAGGAUGGAAUUCAACGACCCCGGCCCGGGGAAAUCGCACACUUGCUGCACAUGGACAUGGCUGCUCAUCGAAAGAAGACAGCCGACUUCAACAAUGGGUGGAAGCGAGCCCUCUUGUUUGCUUCGAUUGGGCUAGCGGCCGUAAGCUUGCUUAAGGCGGUCGAGAAGGCCAGAGAAGGAGACUCGGGCUGGUUGGAGCGUGGCCUGACGUCGGCCAACGCCGGCCUCAUUGGGUUUUGGGUGUCGCAGGUUGACCUUCAGGCGGACAAGCCGUCUCUACUUUUUUGCCAGAUUGCGGCGUUCGCGGUGUCCCUAUACCAGGUGGUGGCAUGGUGGACUAGUCGACGAAGUGAAAUCCACGUGGACUUUCCAGUAGCUGUUAUUCUGUUCAUCGUGGUUGUGGCCUCUGUCGCGUCGAUGAAAUCAGCUCUCAAUGAGGCGGACAACGCCUUCCGAGCAAGCGAAGCUCUUGCCGAGAAGGUAGAUCGAAGACGUUGAGGAAAUUUUCCCACUCAUCGCUAGCAAGCUUCAUCGUUGUGGUUUCGAUGGGCAACGUUGUCUUUGCGAUUGCGCUGCUCUUCCCCGAUGCCCGUGAUAGUGGCGGCAGAGGCUACCUUAGACGGUGGUGGUGUCAGCUUCCCUCGAGUUAGCAGGGGACUGUGGUGUCGGUUGCCGUUGACCAUGCAUCAAUUCUUGGUCACGCUGCUCUGCCUCCUUUGUUGCCUCCAACUGUACGGUCUCGUAGAACCUGCCGUAAAGUUUUGUAUAGUAUGGUAUAAGUAGGGGUUUCCGUGACUACCGCGGGAGGUUGACGUCAAGAACAGCCGGAUUGCUUGCUAGUGGAUAAUCGUUGUUCACAUCAAGGACGGCGCAAAUUCUCAACUCCACUAGCACACGCCAGAAGUCGCUUUCGAGUCGUACAGUACUAAGCCGGCGCCAGGCGUAGUUGGUGCCCUCGAAACCUCUCUAGCUGGCACCGAUUGGGAUCCCGAAUCCGGGCGAUGCGAUCUCUUUCCGCAUUCGUGACUACAAAGUAGUUGUAGAGAGCGCUUUUGAUUGUGCUACUUCGAAGUACAAGAUACAAGUAGGAAGUACCUUUCUCGCUUGAAAAACGGACUCGUGUCUGUGGAAAGAGAUGACUUCGUUUCGUUUUUGUAAGAGCAAAAACGGUAUGCAUGAUACGAGAUUCCAUCCACAGGGAUAGCUCCACGCUCUAUCUCCAUAUCUCCACCCUAAUACUCC